GAAGCUAAAACCCUAAACCCUGGCGUGAAGAAUCUUAACACGCUAGUUCAGUAAGCAGCUACAUAGAGCUUUUUCCUCCGGCAAAGCCAUUUUCCGGCGAAGACAUUUCCCGGCGAACGUUGAAUCAUUCCGAUGUCAAUUGCACUGCGGAUACGAAAUGCAAAGCCACUUCUCCGCACUUUACACCGUCACAUCGGCGGCUCCCGCCGCACAUUUUCCUCCGGCGACGGUGGUGGUUCGGGAACAAAAUUACUCGAAACUUUCACGGAGGAAUUCGAAGUCGGUAACCGUCUCAUCACAUUUCAAAACGGGAAAUACGGUCGUUUCUCAAAUGGAGCUGUUGUUUUGACGAUGGAAGAUAACAAAAUCCUUUCAGCGGUUAAUACCUCUCGAGAUGAAAUUGCUCGCAAUGAUUUCUUGCCUCUCACUGUUGAUUAUGAAGAGAAGCAAUUUUCGCAUGGCUUGAUUCCUUCUACGUACAUGAGAAGAGAAGGUGCUCCUAAGGAACGCGAACUUUUGUGUGCUCGAAUCAUUGACCGUCCUAUUCGACCUCUGUUUCCACCUGGAUUUUAUCAUGAAGUUCAGGUGACGGCUAGUGUUCUUUCCUCAGAUGGAACACAAGAUCCGAUUGUGUAUGCGGCUAAUGCGACGUCUGCUGCACUUAUGUUAUCAGAUAUUCCUUGGGGUGGCCCCAUAGGAAUGAUUCGAAUCGGUAGGAUUUGUGGGCAGUUUGUGGUGAAUCCUACGAUGGAUGAGCUCAGCUUAAGUGAUCUUAACUUGAUAUAUGCCUGUACAAAGGAUAAAACUUUGAUGAUUGAUGUCCAAGCUCGUGAGAUAUCUGAGGAAGAUUUGCAAGCUGGAUUAAGAUUUGCUCAUCCGGAGGCAGUAAAGUAUAUUGAACCUCAAAUUAGACUUGCCGCUAAAGCUGGUAAGUCUAAGAAAGAAUAUAAAUUGUCUAUGUUGUCUGACAAAACACUGGAGAAAGUCAGUAAUUUGGCAGAAGCACCUAUUAAAGCUGUUUUCACCGAUCCUUCUUAUGGAAAGUUUGAACGUGGAAAAGCAUUAGACAAUAUCACACAAGAUGUAAAGAAAGUGCUUGAAGAAGAAGGAGAUGAAGAAAGCAUAAAGGUUUUGUCAAAGACAAUAGACACAGUGAGGAAGAAGGUGGUCCGUAAAAGAAUUAUUGCAGAAGGAUCCAGAGUUGAUGGAAGACAGUUAGAUGAAGUAAGACCCUUGUACUGCGAAGCUGGAUGCAUUUCCAAGCUGCGUGGAUCUGCAGAUUUUUUCCGUGGCGAAACACAGGUCCUAUGUACAGUAACACUUGGAGCACCUAAAGACGCUCAACACUUGGACUCUUUAGUUGGUCCUUCGUCAAAACGGUUUAUGCUUCACUAUAGUUUUCCACCCUACUGCAUAGGUGAAGUUGGGAAACGUGGUGGUCUAAAUAGGCGUGAAGUUGGUCAUGGAGCACUUGCUGAAAAAGCUCUUCUUGCUGUUUUGCCUCCUGAAGUUGUUUUUCCAUAUACUGUUCGUGUUAACUCUGAAGUCAUGGCUUCAGACGGUUCAACAUCAAUGGCAAGUGUAUGUGGAGCAAGUAUGGCUUUGAUGAAUGCCGGCAUUCCAAUAAGGGAACAUGUUGCUGGUAUUUCUGUGGGUCUUGUUAGUGAACUUGAUCCAUGCACAGGCGAAAUAGUGGACUACCGUAUACUGACUGAUAUUUUGGGCUUGGAAGACCAUUUGGGUGACAUAGACUUCAAGAUUGCUGGAACUCGAAAAGGAGUUACUGCCGCUCAAUUGGAUAUGAAACCAGCUGGAAUUCCACUAGAUAUCAUAUGUGAAUGUUUAGAACCUGCACAUAAAGCCCAUCUACACAUUAUUGAUCACAUGGAACGGGAAAUUAAAGAACCAUGUACCAAGCAGGGCAGUUCUUCUCAACAAAUAGUCACAUUGAAGUACAGCAACGACGCUCUUCGUCGCUUAAUUGGGCCAAUGGGUGUUCUAUUGAAAAAAUUGGAAAUGGAAACAGGUGCCCGGCUGUCUGUAGGAGAUGGAACACUUACAAUAGUUACCAAGAAUCAAUCUUUAAUGGAUAAAACACUAGAAAAGGUUGUUUCUAUAGUUGGCCGGGAAAUUGAAGUUGGAGGUAUCUACAAAGGUGUUGUCACCUCUAUAAAAGAAUAUGGAGCUUUUGUUGAAUUUAAUGGUGGCAAGCAGGGGCUUCUCCACAUUUCUGAGUUAUCACAUGAACCAGUUUCCAAGAUUUCAGACAUAGUCUCUAUCGGCCAGCAGCUUUCUUUGAUGUGCAUUGGCCAAGAUGUUCAUGGUAACAUUAAAUUAUCCCUCAAAGCGGCUUUGCGUGGUCCCGGAGGAUCAGAGACUAAUUAUAUAGCCGAAGUAUCUGCCACAUCUGCAAAAGUAACUACCAACAGUUGGGCACCAGUUUGGGACGCAUCUAGCAUUACACAAGAACAAAAUUCUGCUUCCAAGUUGCCUAUAGAAAAAAAUGAGGUGGGCGAAACAAAACCCUCAGCCUCCCAAACACCAGUAAUUGUAAUACGCAGUGCUGCAGAAUGUGAUGAGGAGGAGAAAUCUAUCAGCUUGGAUCACAAUCAAACUUCAAAUAGUCCUCUCAUUGAUGAUGGGGUAAAAUUGGAUAGUAGUAAGUCGAAAUCUCCAUCCAAGUCAAAACCUCGUAAAUCUCAAGAUGCAGUUGAUUCUCCAUCUCAGUCAGGUUCCUUGCCAAAGAAGCCAAAACUUUCAAUGCAAAAAAAGUUGAAAUCUGAUACUCAAAGGGCAGAAGGGAACGAGAAGAAAGAUAAAGACAAUGAACCAUUGACUGCAAAAGAUUUGCCACUUGGAACCAAAUUUAAAGCCAAAGUUUUUCAAAUUCGUGCACAUGGGUUAGUGUUAGAUUUGGGUGGAGGAGUUCGAGGAAUGUACCGUUUUGAGGGAGAUGGGAAAACGGACUUGAAGGUAGGCGACGAGAUGCCAGUAGUUCUCUCAAGCUUUUCUAGCAAAGGAAUUCCCGUAGUGUUUCCCGUGGAUGAUAAAUAACUUCAGUUGAUGCUUCUUUCACGAGACAGCCCAUGGACGUAGACCGCCAAGAUGAUGGCCUGGAAGAAAUUCUUCCAGCUGUAAAACCAAGAUCAAUAAUUUUAUUGAAAAUCUGCUUUUUGUUAGUUCAAUAACAUCAAUCGAUCAAUAUAACCAACUUCCGGGGUAUAUUUGCUCAAUUUUUGUUGAACUGGUGGGAAUGCCUUGGUAAAUUUUUGGAAUUUUUGCACUACUGCCCUUGGAUUAACUGUAUGAAGUUUUAGAAAGCCAUAGGAAAAUGAGUCUUAGAGUUGAAUGGUGAACCUCUUGGAUUUCCAUUAUUAUAAACAUACAUUUGGGUGCAAAAAAGUAUGGCCUGAAUGUAUGAUUGAAUGAUGAGUGUAAAAUUAUUAUAACUGCACAUAUAAAAUGAGUAAGUACCAUGAAUUCAGGGAUCAA